AUGAAGUUUAUUUCGGCCGCUCUUGUUGCUGCUAUGGCUGUCACAGUUACUGCUAGACCUUCUCCAUGUAUCGGACCUAAUUGUCCCGCCGCAUCACAGCAUACAGGCAAAAAGUCUGGCGAUGAUAAAGAUAGUCCCGAAGAAGAGGAAGAAGAAGAGGAAGAAGAAGAGGAAGAAGACGAUGAAGAAGAGGAAGAGGAAGACGAUGAAGAAGAUGAAAGCAAGAGCAAAAACAAGAAAAAGAACAAAAACCAAGACGAUGAAGAAGAAGAAGAUGAUGAAGAAGAAGAUGAAGACGAUGAAGAAGGUGAUGAAGAUGAAGGUGAUGAAGAUAACCCAUCUGGCAAAAAGUCGCGUUCAUCUAAAAAUAAGCAACGUCCAGCUGGCGGUGCAUCAACAUCUAAUCCAAAUGAACCCGAUCAUUCAUAUGGCGAGAUUCCUGCACCACCUCCACCUGAUCGUUCAUAUGGCAAUAUUCCUCCACCACCCAAUCAACCUCCAUCGUCUCCACCUGAUCGUUCAUAUGGCAAUAUUCCUCCUCCACCUAACCAUCCACCACCUAACCAUCCACCACCUAACCAUCCACCACCUAACCAUCCACCACCUAACCAUCCACCACCUAACCAUCCACCACCUAACCAUCCUCCACCUAACCAUCCUCCACCUAACCAUCCUCCACCUAAUCAUCCACCACCUGAUUAUUCAUAUGGCUAUAUUCCCCCAUCACCUCCAUCUUCACCACCUCCACCCAAUCAACCUCCAUCUCGACCUCCACCAUCCUCACCACCACCUCCAUUUUCACCUCCAUCUCGACCUCCACCUAACCAACCUCCAUCUCGGCCUCCACCUAACCAACCUCCAUCUUCACCACCUAAUAAGCCUGUCCCCCCCACUCGCUCUUAUAACGAACCCCCACCACCCAAACAUAAAGUUUCUGUCCCAUCGACCAUCACACCUACACCUACUUCUACACCAGAAUAUCCUGAAGGAGAAAUUGUUACAUCCAGUGCAUCAUUUGCAUCGCUUGCAAGUUUCUCGUUUGCAGCCAUUGUUAUAGCAGCUGCUGCAUUCUAUUAA